UUGUCCCGUUCUUGGAACCUGGAGCUUGGGUUUGUGUAAAACCCUAAGGAUAUAUGUACGUCGCUUUGAGCAUCUGGUAGAGCGUAUCCUUCCAUAUCUGUCUUCCUUUUCUCAUUUCUUGAUUCCAUUCGGAUAGCUCAAAACUUAAUCUACCGUACCGGAGUAAUAGAGAAAGAAUGGAAGCUUGUUGUGGAGGUACUACAAUGGGGUCUCUUCAGCAACCUGGAGGGGUUAAAGGACCUGUCUUUGCUCCGGUGACCAAGUUUUCUCAGCAACUGAAGUUCAAUUUUCCGAGACCUGUCCGUUCUUUGCCUCUGAAAAGAAGCUUGGUCGUUGAAAGAGCGUCUCCUGUCUCGGUAUCUUCCGUCGAGACUAGCAGCGAUGCAAUCCCUUUUGAGGACUAUGGCCGUUCUGAAGUGGAUCCAGAGGUCGAUGAGAUUAUCAAAAAGGAGAAAAACAGACAGUUCAGGAGCUUGGAGCUCAUUGCCUCCGAGAAUUUCACGUCUCGUGCUGUUAUGGAGACUGUUGGAUCAUGCCUUACCAACAAGUAUUCUGAGGGACUUCCUGGUAAAAGGUAUUAUGGUGGCAAUGAGUUCAUCGAUCAGUUGGAGACACUUUGCCAGAACCGGGCUUUAGCUACCUUCCGCUUAGAUUCUACCAAAUGGGGAGUUAACGUUCAGCCGCUAUCUGGUUCACCUGCAAACUUUGCUGUGUACACUGCCAUACUUAAGCCUCAUGAUAGAAUCAUGGGUUUGGAUUUACCUCAUGGCGGCCAUCUGUCUCAUGGGUUCAUGACUGCCAAAAGGCGUGUAUCUGGAACUUCGAUAUAUUUUGAGUCCAUGCCUUAUCGACUUGAUGAAUCAACAGGCAUUGUGGACUAUGAUAUGCUCGAGAAAACUGCUGCACUGUUCCGACCAAAGCUUAUAAUUGCUGGAGCUAGUGCCUACAGCCGAGAUUUUGACUAUUCUCGCAUGAGGAAGAUCGCAGACUCAGUUGGUGCCUUUCUGAUGAUGGAUAUGGCUCACAUCAGUGGACUUGUGGCUGCCUCUGUGGUAGCUGAUCCUUUUGAGUAUUGUGAUAUCGUCACAACAACCACUCACAAGUCUUUGAGGGGUCCGAGAGGUGGCAUGAUCUUCUUCAAGAAGGAUCCAGUUAAUGGGGUUGAACUUGAAUCUGCCAUUAACAAUGCUGUCUUCCCUGGUCUGCAGGGUGGCCCUCAUAAUCACACAAUUGGUGGAUUAGCAGUCUGCUUGAAACAUGCACAGUCGCCGGAGUUCAAAGCUUACCAGAAAAGAGUUGUGGCUAACUGUAGGGCUCUAGCUAACCGAUUGGUGGAACUUGGGUUUGAUCUGGUUUCUGGUGGCAGCGACAAUCAUCUGGUCCUCGUCGAUCUUAGACCAUUGGGCAUGGAUGGUGCUCGGGUAGAGAAAAUCUUAGACAUGGCAUCUAUUACACUCAACAAGAACUCUGUCCCUGGGGAUAAGAGUGCGUUGGUUCCAGGGGGAAUAAGGAUAGGAACGCCUGCGAUGACGACAAGAGGACUGACAGAGAAAGACUUUGUAGUGGUUGCUGACUUGAUCAAGGAAGGAGUUGAGAUAACAAUGGAAGCGAAGAAGUUGGUCUCGGGAUCAAAGCUUGGAGAGUUCACCAAGCUGGUGACAUCUCCUGAUUUCGCAUUGAAAGAGAAAGUGGAGAGUCUCAAGGAUAGAGUCGAAUCCUUCACCUCUCGUUUCCCCAUUCCUGGAGUUUGAAGUUAUUCAAAACAGAUGGCGUUGUGUCUUUGUACUCUUGUUGUACCUUUUAAAAAAAAAAAUAUUUGAGGGUUUGAUCAGGUUGCCUGUGACCCAAGGCAAUAAAAUAACGGUGUCAAAAAAAAAUUGAAAUAAUGUUUAAAUAAGAGAACAACCUAUUUCGCGGGA